GCGGCCGCGGCCGAAACUGCCCACGACUCGAUCCACAAGCCGCAGCCAAAACAGAAAACAGCUGCGUCGGCUUCCAUUCAAUCAAGGGAUUUGCUUCUCUGCGGCACCCGAGAGCUAUAGCUAGGCGGCGCGUGAGUGAUUGCUAUCGAGUAGAGCUAGAGGAAAGGAGGAGAAGAGAAGAACACCCUUCUUUUCCCACCUAAACAGAUCGGUCCGAUCAAGAGAAUUCAAGAUGUGCAUGGAUCGAUCUGCGAUGCCGGCGAAGAAGGUCUGGCUCGUCAUCGCCUCCCGCCUCGGCCUCCGGCGAGCAGCUGGGCUGAGGAAGCUGAGAAAGGAAGUGAGGACGUGCGAGUACCGCGACGUGCACAUCAUGUGGGAGAUGCUGAGGGAGAUGGGCUCUCCGGUGCCAUUGGCGGAGAAGGAGGCCGCCGCCGCAGCGGCCGUCGCGGCGGCCGCCGAAGCCAGGAAGAAGAAGGCGGCGUGGAGGCGGUUCGCCUACUACUGCUGCGCGUUCUGAUCGCUUGAUGAACGGAACGCGGAAAUUGGGCGUCGUCAGAAUUAAGACCAAGACCAGAGAGGCCAUGUGUUCAUGUGUAGACAGAAACAUCAUCGGCUCCCUCAUGGGUCGUGCAAAUAAGUGCAGAGGUGGAGCCAGCUGAUGGUUCUUUAGAUAUCAUGAUGAUGCACAAAAACAGGAUCCAGAUGAGAUCGUGUUGAGGAGGUGAACGCGGAAAAUAUGGACAGUGGGGACGUGCCGCUGCCUACAGCAAAGCAAUCUUCUUCGACCCAUGUCCCGCUCCCUCGCGCAGCCGUAGGAAGCUUCGAUCGCGUGUGGAUACGUAGCAGUAGCUGGAUCCGGAAACACCGGUGCAGAACCACCCGUGAUCGGGCAGGUAACAAUAGCCUUUUUCUCAGGCGAAGAGUGAAGAACGAUAGUGUGUUGGAAAAAAUGUAAAUUUGUCACAGAAGUUCAUAUAUAAACUCCUGCAGCUCGGUGAUGGGUUCAAUUGCAAGUGCUCA